AUGGCACAAUCGACGACCUGUAAAUACUCCACUAGUGGAUGUAAAAAGAAUGGCAUGAUCAAAUGUGAUGGUUGCUCUGACAGAUAUUGCAAGGAGCACUACUUGUUACACCGUCAACAACUCGACAAGAUAUUUGAUCGUAUAUGCAGUGAUCGAGAUCUGCUCUAUCAACAUCUCUUCUCUCCUCCACCUUCCACAAGAGUGAACGACUCUUCGUUCAUAGAUAUUGAUCGAUGGGAAGAGGCCACCAUUGCACAAGUGAGAACAACAGCCGACAAUGCUCGCAAGAGAGUGGAUGAACUGAUGCAGAAGUCGAGAUCUCAGCUGCAGCGAGACUACGAACAACUAUCGCAAGAACUUCAGCAUCGAAAAGAGAAUGAUGACUAUUUUGAGUCCGAUUUAGACAAACUCACAACUGAGCUUGAACGUUUGAAGCUGAGCAUCACAAACUCAACUCGCCUCAUCAAAAUAAGUAGUCAGACUAUUGAAUGGUCGACAGUGCUCGUCGUCGAAGUCAUAGGAAGAGAAACAAGCAGCAUUGCGUCAACACAGAAAGUAUCGGAGAAACAUAUCGAAAAAUCGAAACAUGAAACUGCAACUUUAUUCGACGAAACGUCUUUGCUGAAUGAGGAACAUCAGUCGAAAGUAAAUGAGUUUUACGGAAAGAACAAUCAGCGAUGGAAGUUGAUUUAUCGAGCUAGUAGAGAUGGCUUUAGUGCUCCAGAUUUCCAUGGUCGAUGUGAUGAUCAAGGUACAACGGUGACUGUUAUCAGAUCGGAGAAUGGAUAUUUGUUUGGAGGAUAUACGCCAGUAUCGUGGAAGAGUGAUGGAGAAUAUAAAGAAGAUGCGUCGUCAUUUCUGUUCACUCUGACUAAUCCACACACUAUUCCACCAACGAAGUAUCACAUUCAUCCACAAAAGAGUAGGUAUGCUGUCUUCCAUUAUGCUGAUUGUGGACCAACAUUCGGAGAAGGUUUUGAUCUCUGUGUCGAUCGCAAGAGCAAUGAAAACAGUAGCAGCUACUCAAAUUUUCCUUGGAGUUAUGUGGAUACAACAGGAAAAGGAGUGAACACAUUUACUGGAGAUAUGUACUUCAGAAUAUCUGACAUUGAAGUAUUUCGUUUAGUCCUAUGA